GGGCUGCGCGGCGCCCAGGACCUGUUGGAUCUCACCUUCCAGUCGCUGGCCAUGCAACACAUGGACCUGAAACAAGUGGAACUGGACACGGCGGUGGCCAAAGUUGACGAACUCUCCCGACAACUCGAAUCCCUCUGGGACCGACGGUCCCGGACCCCCCAAAGCGGCGAGGGGCAGCCGGGGCUGCGGCCGUCCCUGGGGUUGGCGCUGGCACCCUGGAGGGAGUCGAGCCUGGACGGGGCGGGCGGACAGGGCAAGGACGGCGCCUAUGGGGGGCACAGCGCCACGCUGCCCCGAAACUACAAAGUGUCCCCGUUGGCGGGCGAGCGACGGGCGGAGGGACCCUUUCGCCGUUCGGGUCCCGGCACCCUGCCCCGCGGGUGGCAUUUCUCCCAGCAGCCCGUCUCCCGCAUCCCCGUGCCCCCCCAGGGUGGGCGACCCCCCCGUCACAAACCUUUGCCCCUCUCCAUGAUCUUCAAACUGCAAAACGCUUUUUGGGAGCAGGGGGGUCGGUGGUCCCCGGGGGCUACCGCUGGUCCCCCGCGCACCCCAAAAACAGCCCCAGCUCCCGGCGCUGCCCCAGGCCCCCCCGGCGCUGAGCGGGGGCGAAGCCCCCUGGCAGGAUCCGGGCGCCCCGUGCCCCCCGAGACCGUCCCGCCGGAGGGAGAGCCGGAGCUGGAGCGGCUGCUGCAGGGUGGGGAGACAGAGGGGCUGGAGAGGCCGCUCAGCCCCACACGGCUGCAGCCCCUCCUGCCCCCCGAGGCCCAGCGGGUCCCCGAGUUCGAGGAGGUGGCGCGGGUGCUGGCCGAGAUGCCACGGCCCCUCAAGCGCCGUGGCUCCAUGGAGCAGUGCCCAGGGCCGGCGCUGCCACCCACCCGCACCCGCCAGUACCAGCAGCUCAUCACCCGCCUCCUGCAUCGCCCGCCCCGCCGCGACGAGCCCCCGGUCCCCGGUGACGCCGGUGCCUCGCCCGACCUGCCACCCCCUACUCCGGCGGCCCCCGAGGCUCGGCCACCCCGCCACAGCCCACCGCCGCAGUCCCCCAGCAGCCCCGAACGGCGCUCGGCCCUGCGGGACCCCUCCUCACCCCGUAGGCGCCCCGGGGCCCGCGUGCGCCUCAACCCCCUGGUGCUGCUGCUGGAUGCGGCCCUGACCGGGGAGCUGGACGUGGUGCAGCAGGCGGUGGCUGAGCUGAACGACCCCAGCCAGCCCAAUGACGAGGGCAUCACGGCGCUGCACAACGCCAUCUGCGGCGCCAACUACAGCAUCGUCGACUUCCUCAUCGCCAGCGGGGCCAACGUCAACUCCCCCGACAGCCACGGCUGGACGCCGCUUCACUGCGCCGCCUCCUGCAACGACACGGGGGUGUGCGUGGCCCUGGUGCGCCACGGCGCCGCCAUCUUCGCCACCACCACCAGCGACGGCAGCCUGGCCGUGGAGAAGUGCGACCCGUACCGGGAGGGCUACGCCGACUGCUACAACUACCUCACCGAGGUGGAGCAGAGCAUGGGGGUGCUGAACAGCGGGGUGGUGUACGCGCUGUGGGACUACAGCGCCGAGUUCGGGGACGAGCUGUCCUUCCGCGAGGGCGAGCCCGUCACCGUCCUGCGCCGCCAGCCCCAGGAGGAGCUCGACUGGUGGUGGGGGUCCCUCUACGGCCACGAGGGCUACGUCCCCCGCAACUAUUUCGGGCUCUUCCCCAGGGUGCGGCCGCAGCGGAAGAAGGUCUGAGGGGGGACCCUGAAGACAUGGGGGGGGCCUGGAGCCGGCCCCGGCCCCCGCAGCCGCUUGGGUGCAUGGGUCCCCU